AUGUAUCCAGAUUCUGACAAUACACCGACUGAAAAGUUUUUGGUGCAAAAAACACAAUUGUUAAAUCCUGGUGGUUUUGUCUGUGCUGUAGAUGAUCAGCUGAUUGUCUACCGCGGCAAAGCUUUAUUUAUUGAUCGGACCUACGAGAGUCUGCAAAAUGUUCCUGUGCUCCGUGCACAGUUCUUAAAAAAGCACUUCGAUAUUGUACAUGUUCUAAAAAAAGUAUAA